AGCUGUAGAAACCCCCAGAAAUAGAAAAAGGUGGACCCAACAUGACGAUCGGUAUUUUAUUUUCUAUUUUUUUAUUAUUUUUUAAGAAAACAACAGAAAAACAAAAUUAAAGAGCAAGAAGACGAGUUGGAAUUGAAGAAGAAAAUCCAGAAUUUUGCCGAAAAAAUACAAUAAACAACUGUUAAUUUAUUUAUUAUAAAUACUCGCUGUCCACGGCAUCAGAAUCAGGGACGCAAAAAAAGAUUUUACAUGGCGGAGAGGUCGAUGCUGCUUUAUUUUCAUUAAUACAGAAAGAGUUUGAGCACUGAGCACUGAAUAGCAAGAAGAAGAAGAAGAAGAAAUGGGGGAAGAAGCGAAUCAUAAUAAUAAUAAUAAUAAUAUCAAUAGUAAUGAUGAGAAGAAUGAAGAGAAAUCAAAUUAUACAGUUGUAAAUUCGAGAGAACUAUACCCAACGAACAUAUUUCACGCACUGUUAGCGUUGAGCAUAUGGAUUGGUUCAAUCCAUUUCAAUCUCUUCUUACUCUUCAUCUCUUAUCUCUUCCUUUCUUUUCCCACAUUCCUCCUGAUUGUUGGAUUUUUUGUGGUGUUAAUGUUCAUUCCGAUCGACGAACACAGUAAGUUGGGCCGUCGUUUGUGCAGGUAUGUAUGCAGACAUGCGUGCAGUCAUUUUCCGGUAACUCUCCAUGUUGAAGACAUGAAUGCUUUUCAUUCUGAUCGUGCUUACGUUUUUGGUUAUGAGCCACAUUCAGUAUUUCCCCUUGGUGUUUCUGUACUAUCAGAUCACUUUGCUGUCCUGCCCCUUCCUAAAAUGAAGGUCCUUGCAAGUAACGCUGUGUUUCGCACACCAGUUUUAAGGCAUAUAUGGACAUGGUGUGGUCUUACAUCAGCAACAAAGAAAAAUUUCACUGCCCUCCUAGCAUCUGGUUAUAGUUGCAUUGUGAUUCCCGGUGGAGUUCAAGAGACAUUUUAUAUGAAGCAUGGCUCUGAGUCGAACGUGUACAAGUGGUGGAAACCUGAUGGCGAGUUAUUUAUGAAAAUUGCUAGAGCUAUUAAGUUCAGCCCAAUUGUCUUUUGGGGAGUUCUCGGUUCUCAUUUACCGCUACAACGUCCGAUGCAUGUUGUCGUCGGUAAACCGAUUGAGGUGAAGCAAAAUCCACAGCCUACAGUGGAAGAGGUCUCAGAAGUACAGGGUCAGUUUGUUGCGGCACUUAAAGAUCUUUUUGAAAGGCAUAAAGCACGGGUUGGCUAUGCAGACCUUACACUUGAAAUUCUUUGAUAGAAGUCAGUACUUGUUUUAGUUCAGUUGGAUGCCUCUUUCAGUUUUUGGCGAUAAUGUUUGUAUUCAUUAGAUAAUUAGGAAAAUGAAAUGUAAAACGGUGAAUAAAGCUUUUCAAUAUGCGGGCAUCACAAAGUUGUUCUAGAUAUUCAAAGAUAUGUGCCCCCUUUGGUAGUAGUGGUACAGUAGAAAUCUUUGUAGUGGAAAACAAAGCCUGGCACUUGCUGGUACUGCCUAAAAUAUUCAUUAAUCGAGCAAGAAUGGAUCGCUUUGCUCUA